AUGUCGAAAGGACCAGCCAUUGGGAUCGAUCUUGGUACCACGUACUCCUGUGUUGGAGUUUUUCAACAUGGAAAAGUGGAAAUCAUCGCGAACGAUCAAGGAAACCGAACAACACCGAGUUAUGUGGCCUUCACGGAAACCGAACGAUUGAUCGGGGAUCCUGCGAAAAAUCAAGUCGCUAUGAAUCCAACUAAUACGAUUUUUGGUAAGCUUUGAAGGAAUUGUGUGAGCUUUGAACGUAUCGGUUGUAAUUGUAGCGGUUUUUGCUAUUUACAGAUGCGAAGCGUCUCAUCGGACGAAGAUUUGAUGAUCCCGCUGUCCAAUCCGACAUGACACACUGGCCAUUUCAGGUAGGAUUCUGGUGGAUUUUUUAAAUUUGAAAAGAAGGGGAACCAGUAGACGAUAGCUCAGAAAGCUGGUGGCUAAUUAGAUUUUUCGCACAUAUUGUAGAGAGUUGUACAAUGCCAUGUUUUUGGAUGUUACUGUUAGCUAACUAUUGUAAACAGGAAGGCAAGGGUUAAUUUAAUUGUCUCUAUGUAGACGCUUUUGUGAGCAGUUUUCAAGAAGAAAAAGUUUCUUUUUCGGAUAGGUGGUCAACGAGUCUGGCAGACCUAAGAUACGUGUGGAAUACAAGGGAGAAACCAAAACAUUCUAUGCGGAAGAGGUAGGCUUAAGUACAUUGUACGGAUAAAUUGAUUUUCUGUUAAAGGUUAUUAUAUUGUUUCGCAAAUAUUUAGUCAAUUAUGCAUGAUCAGCGAAUUUUCUGGAAUUUUCCCAGUUUCUUAUAGAAGAAUUUAAUCCCGUUUAAAAUCUCAGGGAUAGAGUACAGAUUUUUUCAAGUCAAGUUGUGAUGUGGAAAGUGAAAGUGAAAGAGCCCCUAAAGUACCCCUGCUGUUCUAGAGAUUUAAGCGUUAGGACAGAAAAAAAAAGUGUUAUGUGCUAACUAUUUCUGCAUGUAUGAGUAUGUUGCACUUAAAUGUUUUCCCUCCAGGUAAAAUUGCAAAACUUAGAUCCCACGAAAGAUUGUGCUGCAAGGAUAAACCAGGCUGAAUUAUAGAAAUGAUUUGACAAAAGUGUCCAUUAUUUUCCACUGACAGAUUUCCUCCAUGGUGUUAACAAAAAUGAAAGAAACAGCAGAAGCUUACCUUGGUAAAACCAUCACCGAUGCCGUCAUUACAGUGCCUGCAUAUUUUAAUGACUCCCAGCGUCAGGCCACCAAAGAUGCUGGUAAGUAAGCCCUAGUAUUAAAGUACAUAUUCUCAUAACUGAUCUUUAUACAAUUGCUUUAAGACUAAGGAGAAGAAUCUGUUGACAAAUCAGAAAAUUUGAUCAUGGACAGUAUCCCAAUUUUCUUUAAUUUCUGGUAGUCCUCCUAAACAGUGCAACCUCUGUGAAAAUAUCUCGCAGUUCUCCCUCCUCCUCCUUUACAAUGUUGACACUAGGAAAAAUUUGGGAGGGGGGUGGAAGGAGUUGGGCAUGUGGGAAUUAAAGAAAGUCCCACGAAUGCAAAUGUGUCCCAAGACUAUUGUCCAUGAUUGUAGUCAUUCUAAUUUUAGGCUCAAAAGUGCCCAAAAAAUCUGGUUUUGUCAUGCCAUAGUAAAACAUGUCCAACUUGGCUCAAAACUGUGUUUCAAACCCUUCUAACCUAGCUUGUAAAGGAUUCAAAACAAUUCUGUAAAGGGUUUGCAAAGAGUUUGCCAAAUUCUUCAAAAGGGUUUGUAAAGGGUUUCAACCCUCUCAAAGGGCACCUCAAACGCCCCAAAUCAGCAUGCAAAGAAAGUAGUGUCCAAUAGCCCGGGGCUAGUGAAUUCUCUUCUUAACUUGCCCGUGAAGUUUUUUGAGGAAUUCAAAUCACUUAGCAACUGUGUAGUCAAUCCUCCUUAUCAAAACAUUUUUGGGGCUAGUUGAAAUGAAUUUUGGGCUAGUACAUGCUAGCUACAGCUUGCUUGAAUGGCAAGCUGUAAAACUGACUUUCUUUGCACCCUGAAAAUGCUUUUUUUAAAAAAAUGUGUUUUGAUAUGGAGGUCAUGUAAAGCAUUUUUCUCUGUAGGUGUAAUUGCUGGUCUCAAUGUCCUGCGUAUCAUCAAUGAGCCAACGGCGGCUGCUAUAGCCUAUGGCCUUGACAAGAAAGUUGGAGCUGAGCGAAAUGUCCUGAUCUUUGAUCUGGGAGGGGGAACAUUUGAUGUUUCUAUUUUGAGCAUCGAAGAAGGAAUCUUUGAAGUCAAGUCAACAGCAGGGGACACCCACUUGGGAGGCGAAGACUUUGACAACAAGGUCGUCGACCACUUUGUGGAAGAAUUCAAAAGGAAGUACAAGAAAGACCUGACCACUAACAAACGUGCGCUGCGACGCUUGCGCACUGCAUGUGAACGGGCCAAAAGGACCCUGUCUUCUAGCACACAAAGCAGCAUCGAGAUUGACUCCCUGUUUGAGGGAAUAGACUUCUACACUACACUCACCAGAGCCAAGUUUGAAUCUUUAAAUGCAAAAUACUUUGAAGAAACACUGAAGCCAGUUGAGAAGGCACUGCGUGAUGCUGGUCUCUCCAAGCCUCAGAUUCAUGAAGUAGUGCUGGUUGGCGGCUCCACUCGCAUCCCGAAGAUUCAGGACCACCUCUCCAAAUUUUUCGAUAAUAGGGAGCUCAACAAGAGCAUCAACCCAGAUGAAGCUGUAGCCUACGGAGCGGCAGUACAAGCUGCUAUCCUGAGUGGUGAUAAGAGCAGCGAAGUCCAGGACCUGUUGCUUUUAGAUGUCACCCCCCUGUCGCUGGGAAUAGAGACGGCUGGUGGUGUCAUGACAACACUCAUUAAGCGCAACACAACAAUACCCACGAAACAGACACAGAGCUUUACCACUUAUUCAGACAACCAGACCAGUGUGCUUAUCCAGGUAAUUGAGCCCUUUUUUGAUUAAAAAAACAAAACAAAUUAAAAACCUGAUGACGAUAUCACUAGUUUUGAGAAAUAUGUCUGACAACUAUCAAAACUAUCAUCUUCUGUAAGAAAUUUGGCUAUAUCUUAACCCUUUAAGUCUCAAUAGUGACCAACAUCAAUAUUCUCCUAACAAUAUCCAUACAUUAUCAAGACAUUAGGUUAUGAGAACUAAGAAAAUGAUCACCUAAGAGAAAAUGCUUAGAUCUAUUAUCAAAUUCUCUCAACUCAUUCUUUAGGGAAAUUUAUGGAGAUCAGUUAGAAGAAUUUGUAUGUGGAUAUUGGAACUUAAAGGGUUAAGGUUGAAACACACCAUUCGACAUGAAGUUGGUGGCAAAUCACUCCUUAUGCACGGGUCAGGCGACAAGUGGCAGUGGCAAAUUGCUUUGUGUAGAGAAGAAUUUUUGUGCAAAUCUUUUUAUCCAUGACAAAAUUCUGUCGUGGAGACUUAAGAGUUGAACAAAACUUCUCUAGUACAAACAAAGCAAUAUGUCGAUAUGACGUUACGACCUGCAAAAUUUUAUUUGUUAAUUCUUGACCAUUUCUAGCCCAAUGAAUUUUGUCAAGAUUUUUUGUAAUUUUGAUAUAUUUACAGAGUAAUUCUACCCCAAAACAUUUCUCAUGUAGAGGGGGUCAUCAAAUCCUACCAUGCCCUUCUACCCCGUAAAAAACUUUUUAAAUGUUCCCUUAUGCAGGGCUUCUGAUAGGUCGUGGAAGAAAAACUCAAAUUUCGCGGGAUUUUUAGGGACAAAUUCGUGGAAAAAUCGGCCAAUUUCCUGGGAGUUUUCAGGGCAAACUUCACCGGGAUUUUGCAGAUUUACCUGAAUUUCGUGGCUCCGUGACCACGCAAAACAUCAGAAGCCCUGCUUAUGGUAGAAGUGGGACAGAGACAUCAUGAUAGGUGCUCCAUGCCUUCUUUUUUAAUACUAAUGAUGGAUGAAAUAAUUAGCAUAACCAUGGUCAUAAGGGAAGGCUUUGCUCCAAGAAAAAUUGAAAGUAGCCCAUUCCUCUGAACUGGUGAAAUCCAGGGCGCCCGGCAUAUGAUUUGUAUAAAAAACACUAAGAGUUUCUAGUCGCCCAGGAGCAAAAGCUGGGUGCCAAAGGCCAACAGGCUCUGCUAGGAGCACAGCCUUGUAAGGUGGAGAAGGCCUAAAGGCUGGUUUUCACUGGCGUCGGAGUCAUAAUUGGAAGCAUAGAACUUUAUGAUGUAGUGAAAACAGUGUUCUGAUUCAUCUAAUUCUGUUUAUGACUCUGUCGCUUACGAUCAAGUGAAAACUGGCUUUUCUGAGGCAUAAGCAGAAGCAGAGGAACCUAAAGCAAUCUCAAAGCGUGGGAAUGUGCAUUGUGAUUGGUUUAUCCUUCUACUUCUGCUUCCAACGUUGACAAUCUGGUUUUCACUAGAUUACAAGUGGAACACAAGCGAUAGGGUUGUAAGCGGAGUUGGAAAAAAAAUGGAAACGCUCUGAUUCUUCUGACUCCGUUUCCAUCGUGCUUAUGACUCUGCUUUUGACUCUGACUCCGUCGCUAGUUGAAACCAGCCUUAAUAUUAUGUUUAUUAUAAAAAUGUUAAUUUUUUUUAGGUAUUUGAAGGGGAGAGAGGCAUGACAUCUGGCAACAACCUCCUUGGAAAGUUUGAGCUGUCUGGGAUCCCCCCUGCUCCGCGGGGUGUUCCACAAAUUGAAAUCACCUACGACAUUGAUGCAAAUGGCAUCUUAAAUGUGUCGGCUGUAGACAAGAGUACAGGACGUGAAAACAAGAUCACCAUUACUAAUGACAAGGGCCGCCUGUCCAAGGACGAUAUUGAUCGGAUGGUCCGAGAGGCAGAGAAGUACAAGGCUGAAGAUGAUUUACAGAGAGACAAAAUCCAGGCUAAGAACUCGCUUGAAAGUUAUGCAUACCACAUGAAGAGCACAGUAGAGGAUGACAAGGUUAAUCAUAAUUCUGUAGUAAAUUAUAAAUAAUCGUUCCUUUUAUCAUUUGGAUCCCAGUGGGUAAAUUUAUUCUAGAGAGAGACCUUAAUGGGGGAACUUGUUUAGUUUUUCCUGAAACAAACUGAAUGAUAAUUUUGCAAAUGUUGCAUGUAAAAGAUGAUAGUUGAUUGACACCAAGCUUUACUCUAGUCAGACUCUAUUUGUGGGAAAUAACUUAUUCUAUGUACAGUGUAUUCCCUUAUUCCAGUUUCUAAGCAAAUCUCACAGACACUGCUAUAGGAUUCACCGGGUGCGUUUCAGUGGGAUGAUCCACAUUGGGAUCAGUAAUCCGCGAUCACUCGGAUCAUAGCACGUCAAAGGAACUAAUGAAUCCACCAUUAGAAAGGAUUCAUCAGUUCAUACGAUGUACCUUGAUCUGAGUGAUCUCGUAUCACUGACCCUGAUCCAGAUCAUCCCACAAGAACGCACCCACAGAGUGCAUCAUUCACAUGAUUUCCAAGACAUUGAAUCCUUGCCAGGACAAAAAACUUCUCAUUCUAUGAAUGCUGUUUGUUGGCUUUUGUAAAAAGGUGUUUACUUUUUACUCCACAGGUGAAAGAUAAGAUCUCAGAAUCUGACCGAGACACGAUUGUUGAGAAAUGCAAGGAAGCCCUCAGCUGGCUGGAGGAGAAUCCAGAAGCAAGUAAAGAUGAAUAUGAGCGAAAACAGAAGGAACUAGAGGGUGUCUGUAAUCCUGUAAUUACAAAGCUAUACCAGGGUGCUGGUGGUGGUGCUUCUCCACCCCCUGGGGCAGGAGGCUUUUCCCAAGGGGGUGGGGCUGAUUCCUCUCAGUCUGGUGGACCUACCAUCGAAGAAGUUGACUAAAAAUUUCUUUAAUCAGAGUUCUGGAGUGUAGCUACUAGGCUACGUUGAGUGUUGUGCUUUCAUGUGCAGUUUAUGCCAUCUUAGCUUACCAUGAAGAUAGUAAUUUCAUAGUUCAAGAUGUCUUGAAUUUGGUAUUACAUUUUUGUAGUGUUGGUGACUUGUGGUUUUUCAAAGGGUACUUUACCCAUCUCUCCACCUCAUCCAAGGCACUUCUUUUGCUUGUUUUGGAAAUUCAGUUGUUACUGAUCCCUUCAGUAAUUGUAAUUACAGUAGUGCAAAGAAUUCAUCCAGGGCCGGCAACAUUAAUUGGCUAAUCACAGAUCACAUUGAUUGCAAAGGAGUCUUAACUUGGUUAUUUAUUAGUCAAUUAAUAGGAAUAUCUCUUUGAAAGUUAAAGUGGUGGUGGUCCUGUUUGAGUUUGUUAUGCUGUACAAACUAUUUAAACCUUUAUUGCUAGCCUUAACCCUUUAAGCCCCAAUAUCCACAUACAAAUUCUCCAAACUGAUCUCUAUACAUGUCCUUCAUGGAUGAGUUGGGAGAAUUUGAUAAAAGAUGAAAGCAUUGUCCCUUUGGUGAUCAUUUUAUUAAUUCUCAUAACCUAAUCUCUUGACGUUGUAUGGAUAUCGUUAGGAGAAAAUUGUUGUUGGUCACUAUUGGGACUUAAAGGGUUAAUACCAGUGUGUGUAUUCCUUGUGUGAUGCUCCUAAGGGCCACUGGCAUUUUGUAAUCAGGAUCUUAUUCUAGUAAGGAAACCCCCGUUCUGAUGCCACUGAGUGCAGGACUGUUAGUGUUCUUUUGCCCAAAUACUCUUGUCUCUAGGCAAUUCUUAAUGUUUGCUCAAAACUAGUGCUGGGCAGCCCUAGUCUACCUCAAAGACAUGAUCUAACCCUUGUUAGAGACAUCUGUGAAGCAACACUGAGACCUUGUUUUGUCAGUAUUGCAGGCUAGACAGCCGUGGAUUUCAAAUUUUCAGAGCUUUUGUACUCCCUAAAUUUUUUUUUACAGCACAGCCUGAACUGCAAGGCUAAAUAAUUAAUAUCCUUUAUUCUUGUCACUGUUUAUGUUUGACAGAGCAGGGUUAUUUUACCUUAAAGAAGGAGUAAGAUUCUGUUCAAUCAAAGUGUGUAAAGGUUUUGGUAAAUGAAUAGCCACAUUUAAGGUCCUUAAACAACAGAAAGCAAGUUAGUGUAUUGUCUUAACAUGUUCAUGUAAGGUGAAUAUUGUAACACUCUUAGAGAAUCUUAUAUAAUAAAUUUGUUCUUCCAAAAAUGGGGUGUCUUGGGUUGUUGUCAUUUUUGUAUCCUGUCAAUUCAUACAAGUGUUUUAAAUUCAUACCGUAUUUUAAUAUUUUCUCAUUCAAAUUUUCUAACACAUCUGUAGUUUGUGCAAGUUUUUCGCUGGACACCUUUGUCAACACACUGCUUUCUCAAGUUCUGGCGUAAUGCUAGUAACUAAGUAGGAACAAGGUCGAGACUUUGUACCCAGUCAGUAAACGGGGGCACCAAGAUUGGUUACCAGCUAGUGCUCAAACAAUUUAAAGUCUUUUACUUCCUUUGUUGUCUUUCACUUUGCUGCUACCUUUUCGACUUCCUCCCUCAUUAUCAAUUUUAGGUCCUGCCUUGUAGACAAGUGAAAGGCAACUGAGAAUCUGCUUCUAUUUUAAGGUGCUCCUUUGGGAACCUCAACCCUUUUAUCCCCAGAAGAAAACAAGGUCAAAAUUCAAGGAAGAUCUUUCAUAUCGUUUAAUAGUUAAUGAAAUGAAAAUUACCGGUAAACAGUACCACAUGAAAUUAGGCACAUAACUAAGUGGUGGUCCUGUUUGAGUUUGUUAUGCUGUACAAACUAUUUAAACCUUUAUUGCUAGCCUUAACCCUUUAAGCCCCAAUAUCCACAUACAAAUUCUCCAAACAGAUCUCUACACAUGUCCUUCAUGGAUGAGUUGAGAGAAUUUGAUAAAAGAUGAAAGCAUUUUCCCUCUGGUGAUCAUUUGAUUAAUUCUUAUAACCUAAUCUCUUGACGUUGUAUGGAUAUUGGUAGGAGAAAAUUGAUGUUGGUCACUAUUGGGACUUAAAGGGUUAAUACCAGUGUGUGUAUUCUCUGUGUGUACCAGUGUGGUGUUCCUAAGGACCAUAAGGAUCUUAAUCUAGUAAGGAAAACCUCUUUGUAGAGCCCUGUUGGUGAUGCCACUCAGUGCAGGAAUGUUAGUGUUCUUUUGCCCAAAUACUCCUGUCUCUAGGCAAUUCUUAAUUUUUGCUCAAAACUAGUGCUGGGCAGCCAUAGCCUACCUCAAAGACAUAAUCUAACCCUUGUUAGAGACAUCCGCGAAGCAACACUGAGAUCCAUUUCCAGGGUCUUGUUUUGUCAGUAUUGCGGGCUAGACAGCCCUGGAUUUCAAAUUUUUCGGAGCUUUUGUACUCCCUAA